CCCUCAGCUCUGGGGUCGGGAGCUCAGGCGCCCCCUCCCCUGAAGGCGAUCCAGACCCUCUCCAUCCCAGGAACCCUGGAGGACCCCUAAGUAUUGUUCUCCCCACCUUCCAGCCUGAGGUCGGGAGUUCAGGAGGCCCUUCCUCAGGAGGGGGAUCGGGGGUUCCCUCUGACCCCCUGGAGCCCAGUUAUUGUUCCCCUCACUCUCCAGUCUUGGGGUCCAGAGUUCUGGAAACCCCUUCCCAGGAGGUGAUCCAGGGGUCCACCUGCCCCCCUCCUCCCAGGAACUCAGUUCUCCUCCCCGCCUUCCAGCUAAGAGUUGAGAGUUUGGAAGUCCCCUUCCUCACGAGGCCAUCUAAAGGUCCCCCUGCCCCCCAGAAACCCAGGAGGGGACCCAGGCAUUGUUUCCCCCGCACCCUUCAAAUGUGGUGUCUGGGUUGAGGAGGUGAUUUAAGAACUCCACCCUCUCCAUUUGCUUAGCCACUUGCAGCUGUGGGGUUGUGGUUCUGGAUGUCCCUCUCCCCAGGAAAGCCAGAGGCCCCCCUAUCCCUCCCUCCAGGAACAGAUCUGUUUGUUUGCUCCCCAACCCACAGCCAUGGGUGGAUAGCUCAAGACAUCACCUCCCCAUCAGGACCCAAGCUUCCCACCAGAGGAGGAGACCAAGAUGGAGAGAGGGGCAGAGCCCUGGAGCUGGGUACUGGAGACCUCUAGUGCUGGGUCCCGUGACUUCCAUCCAGAUCCUGCCCCAGAAGCAGCCAGCACUUCCACGCCAGGGACGCGGCGCUCGGUCCUGGUCAGGAACCCAGGCCACAAAGGCCCGAGGCCCACUUAUGAAGAGCUGGACUCCGACUCAGAGGACCUGGACCCCAACCCUGAAGAGCUGGACCCAGUUUGUGAAGACCCAGAGCCCGACCCAGAAGACGUCAACACCGUCUCUGAAGACGUGGACCCCAGCUAUGAAGAUCUGGAGCCCGUCUCUGAGGACCUGGACCCCGCCGCCGAAGCUCCGAGCUCCAUCUCAGCCACCCGUGACUCGGAUCCCCAAGAUCUCGACCCCAUGUCUUCAAGUUUCGACCUCGAUCCAGACGUCAUCGGCCCGGUCCCCCUGGUUCUUGACCCUAACAACGACACCCUCGGCCCCACCGAGUCCCCAGACCCGGACCCCCUCUCAUCCAGCCUCACUGCCACGCCGGAGGUCCUGGCCACCAGCCCCGCGGUGCUCCCUGCACCUGCCAGCCCGCCGCGGCCCUUCUCCUGCCCCGACUGCGGGCGAGCCUUCCGCCGCAGCUCGGGGCUGAGCCAGCACCGCCGCACCCACAGCGGCGAGAAGCCGUACCGCUGCCCCGACUGCGGCAAGUCGUUCAGCCACGGCGCCACGCUGGCCCAGCACCGCGGCAUCCACACGGGCGCGCGGCCCUACCAGUGCGCCGCCUGCGGCAAAGCCUUCGGCUGGCGCUCCACGCUGCUGAAGCACCGCAGCAGCCACAGCGGCGAGAAGCCGCACCACUGCCCGGUGUGCGGCAAGGCCUUCGGGCACGGCUCGCUGCUCGCGCAGCACCUGCGCACGCACGGCGGCCCGCGGCCGCACAAGUGCCCCGUGUGCGCCAAGGGCUUCGGGCAGGGCUCGGCGCUGCUGAAGCACCUGCGCACGCACACCGGCGAGCGGCCGUAUCCGUGCCCGCAGUGCGGCAAGGCCUUCGGCCAGAGCUCGGCGCUGCUGCAGCACCAGCGCACGCACACGGCCGAGCGCCCGUACCGCUGUCCCCACUGCGGGAAGGCCUUCGGCCAGAGCUCCAACUUGCAGCACCACCUGCGCAUCCACACGGGCGAGCGGCCCUACGCCUGUCCCCACUGCUCCAAGGCCUUCGGCCAGAGCUCCGCGCUGCUGCAGCACCUGCACGUGCAUUCCGGAGAGCGCCCCUACCGCUGCCAGCUCUGCGGCAAGGCCUUCGGCCAAGCCUCCAGCCUCACCAAGCACAAGCGGGUGCACGAGGGCGCGGCUGCGGCCGCCGCGGCCGCCGCCGCCACCGCCGCCGCGGGCCUCGGCCUCAGUCCUGCCUCCAUGUUGAGGCCGGGGCAGGUCUCCCUCCUGGGUCCUGAUGCUGUCUCUGUUCUCGGCUCUGGCCUGGGCCUCAGCCCGGGCCCCAGCUCUGGCCUGGGCUCUGACCCUGGCUCCGUGGUGGGCUCCCUCCCUAAUCCCAGCCCCAAAGCUGUCUCUGGCUCCGAAUCUACCCCCACCCCUGAUUCUGUCAAAUCUGACCUUAAGCCUGGUCCCGACGCCAAUCCUGACCUCGUGGCCAGCCCUGAGCAAGGAUCUGGUCCCAGCCCUGACCGGAGUCCCGUGCCCAGCCCCCACCCCAACCCUGAGCCUCACCCUGACCCCUGCUCUCCCACCCAUGAUACUGUCAGUCCGGCCCUCCCUACUGGCGAGAGUCCUGAGUGGGUGCAGGAGCAAGGGGCACUGCUGGGGCCCGAUGGCUGAAGUGGACGCCAACACUCAUGGGGGGCCUGGGGAAGUUGUGUGUCAUGCAGUUUAGUAAAAUCCUCCCACUGCCUCCUGG